AAAAAGCCCUCUUAAGUUUAGUUUAAAAUUAAAGCAUGAAGAAUUCAGUGAUUUUGCUGUUGGUGGUUGCCCUGGUGGGUCAACACCAAAUCAGCGCCAAAAGCCUGAUCAGUUCUCCCCCAGUAGUGACAUCUUCAUCGGAUAAUUCUAGUAGCGUUACCAAAAGUACUGACACAGAAUUAACCUGUGCCUGCUCCUGUUCCAGUGAUAAAAAAAGCCCCUCCAAUGUUGCAGGAAGCAUUGCUGGUGGAGUAGCCAAUGCUGCUCAUGAUGUAGCUGGAUCUGCAGGAGCUAUUGCCCAUGAUAUUGGAAGAACUGCUGGGAUUAUAGGACACAAUGUUGCUAGUGCUGCCGGCAAUGCCGCCCACGAUAUUGCAGGAUCAGCGGGAACUAUCGCUCAUGACAUUGGUAGGACUGCCGGCAUAAUUGGACAAAACAUUGGAGGAGCCGCCGGAAAUGCUGCUCAUGACAUUGCAGGUUCUGCAGGAACUAUCGCUCAUGAUAUUGGAAAUGCUGCAGGAAGUAUUGGUCAAGCUGCCGGAAAUGCAGCAGGAAAUGCUGCCCACGAUAUUGCUGGAUCGGCUAAUACUGUCGCCCACGAUAUUGGAAACGCUGCUGGAAAUAUUGGUCAAGCUGCGGGAAAUGCUGCAGGAAGCAUAGCUGGAGCUGCGGGAAAUGCUGCUCAUGAUGUUGCAGGAUCUGCUGGUACCAUCGCCCACGAUAUUGGAAACGCUGCUGGAAAUAUAGGUCAAGCUGCGGGAAAUGCUGCAGGAAGCAUUGCUGGAGCUGCAGGAAAUGCGGCUGGAAGCAUUGCAGGAGCUGCUGGAACCGUCGGACAUGACAUUGGUAAAGCUGCUGCAAAUGCUGCAGGAAGCAUAGCUGGAGCUGCCGGAAAUGCAGCUCAUGAUAUUGCAGGAUCGGCUGGAACUGCCGCCCAUGACAUUGGAAAAGCUGCUGGAAGUAUUGGUCAAGCUGUGGGAAAUGCUGCUGGAAGUGCUGCCCACGAUAUUGCAGGAUCUGCGGGAACUGUCGCCCAUGACAUUGGAAAUGCUGCUGGAGAUGUAGCCGGAGCUGCGGGAAAUGCGGCAGGAAGCAUUGCAGGAGCUGCGGGAAGUGGUGCUCAUGAUGUUGCAGGAUCCGCUGGAACCAUCGCCCACGAUAUUGGAAAUGCUGCAGGAAAUGCUGCCCAUGAUAUUGCAGGAUCUGCGGGAACUGUUGGUCAUGACAUUGGAAAUGCUGCUGGAAGUAUUGGUCAAGCUGCGGGAAAUGCUGCUCAUGAUAUUGCAGGAGCUGCAGGAACUAUUUAUCACGAUGCUGGGAGAGCUGCGGGAAAUAUUGGCAACGACAUUGGAAAUUCCGCUGGCAAUAUCGCGAGUAGCAUAGCCAAUGCUUUUGGAAAUGGAGUCAAUUCCGCCGCGAACGCCGCCAGCAAUGCAGCUGGAACUGUUGCUCAUGUCUCGAGCCAUGUUGCAGGUGAUCUUGGUAAUGCUGCUUCCAAUAUUUUCGGACAUAUUGGCAAUACGGCUGGCAAUGUCGCUGGACAUAUUGCUAAUACAGCUGGCAAUGUUGCUGGUGAUAUUGGCAAUGCCGCUGGCAACGUCAUCAAUGGGGCGGCUAAUACUGCCAGCAAUGUGGCAGGAGAUAUUGGCAAUACUGCCGGCAACAUUGCAGGCGAUAUUGGCAAUGCGGCCGGAAAUAUUGCCAGUGAUGCUGCAAAUGCGGCAAACAAUAUUAUUCACUCCAUUACUGGUAUAUUUUAGAGGUAAUUUAAAAAGAAAUACUUCUCUUUUAACUUUAAAUUUCGAGCAAAUCAAUAAAAAUUUUGAAUAACACUUAA